GCGGCGGCCGGCCCCGCGCUCCCCCGCUCCGAGCGGCCGCGGGAGCCCGGCCCCCCGCCAGCCCCCGGCAGCGGGAGGCGCUCCGCUCCGCUCCGGGCCGGCGCUGCGCUCCCGGUGCGGUCGCCUGGUGUGGCCCCCGGGGCUCUGCCCCUCGGCCCCGGCGGGCAAGCGGCGGGGGGAGCGGAGCCCGCUUCUCUCCUUUGCCCACGGGCGGGCUUCCCCACCCACGCCUUUCAGGUGAACAGGCCGUGAUCGCUGGCUCGGGGCACGCGUGGGAACGGCGUUAUCUUCUGCAAAGGAGGUGAACUCUUCUCAGCUUUGGGAUUUUCGUCGGACUCCUCUCGGUUUCGGGAGUUUAGGAAUGCGGGUUUGCUUGACGGUUUGCUGCAGGACUAAGGCUGAGGGGACCAUUAAUGAGUGAAUGGACUCUGCUGGGAAGGCUUGUCCUCACACCAUGACAGCUGAUGAGUCAGAAGCUGGAGAGUUAGCCCUGGAGCCCCUGCUCACUUGCAAGCUAUGUCUCUGUGAAUAUUCCCUGGAUAAGAUGACCACUCUUCAGGAAUGCAGCUGCAUCUUUUGUACAUCGUGCCUAAAACAGUACAUGCAGCUGGCAAUUCAAGAAGGUUGUGGUUCUCCUAUCACAUGUCCAGACAUGGUAUGCUUGAACCAUGGGACCCUACAAGAAGCAGAGAUUGCCUGUUUGGUGCCUGUUGACCAAUUUCAGUUAUACAAGAGGCUGAAGUUUGAACGAGAAGUCCACUUGGACCCCCGGAGAACAUGGUGCCCCGCAGUUGACUGCCAAGCAGUGUGCCAUAUUGCACCGAGUGAGGCAGGAGCGCCAGUGCCAGUGGAGUGCCCGGCAUGCCGCCUGACCUUCUGCUCCUCUUGCAAGGAGGCAUGGCACCCACAGCACCUAUGCCAGGAAAACCAAACUACUCCAGUACCAACUGAGCAGGGAUCGCUUAUUGGAACAGGGACAGAGGCACCAAUUAAGCAGUGCCCGGUUUGUCGGAUCUAUAUUGAACGAAACGAGGGCUGUGCUCAGAUGAUGUGCAAGAACUGCAAGCACACAUUUUGCUGGUACUGUCUACAGAACUUGGAUAACGAUAUCUUCUUAAGACAUUACGACAGAGGCCCUUGCAGAAACAAGCUGGGCCACUCGCGCGCUUCGGUGAUGUGGAACAGGACGCAGGUUGUGGGGAUCCUCGUUGGACUAGGUAUCAUAGCAUUGGUGACCUCUCCCUUGCUGCUUGUGGCAUCCCCAUGCAUCAUCUGCUGCAUUUGCAAAUCUUGCAGAAGCAAAAAGAAAAAACACAGCCCACCAACAACAUAAAACUCUGUUUGAGCCUCCAUCUGUACAGCAUAUGUAUGUGAGAAAGCACAAUGGUUGUAUUUUGGUGCCAUACCUACCAAAUAAUACUCCCUCUUUUGCCAAUUCUUGGGAUAAGUGCCUAUUCUUUACAGGCUACUCUAUCACUAACAAGUCCCAGUGUGGGAAAAGUCUAGAUAAUUGUGCAGUACGUAUGGUAUAAGUUUUUGUUUUAUAAAAGGAAAAUGAGACAGCAUUCAGUAGUUCAUAUCCUUAAAUACGAGCCACCUUUUGAGACUGGUAGAACUUUAGCAUCUUCCAUCAGCUGCACAUGACUUGAUCCUGCAGUAUUACUCUGCCUUUGCAGACCCGGUCAUUACUGUCAUGCUUUCCGUUGGCUCUUGGUGACACUCAGAUUUCUCAGAAAGUUUUGGGUAUUUUAUAAAAGGGGGAGAGGGAAAAGCAAAUGCAGUUCUUCUGCCUGCUAGCUUGUGUCCCAUUAAAGGUAACAAACUGUUAAGAAAAUAUAUGUGACAGUUUCUUGUUA